GAUUUCACGCGCAGAGAAGCGUGACGAACGAAUCCAAAGUUGUUACUAGUGUCUGGGUCUGUCACUUCACUCACUAUAAGAAGUGUUGGUAAGGAAGAAAAAAUUAUGUUCGGUGAUUUUGCUUCAGUGUUGUUUGUUGAAGAAGGGUAUUUCUGAGGAGAGAAUCAAAGAAUGGUGGUGAAGGUGUACGGUCCCCACUGUGCUUCCACCAAACGGGUUCUGGUUUGUCUCAUCGAGAAGGAACUCGAAUUUGAGGUUAUCCCUGUUGAUCUCACCAAGGGGGAGCAAAAAAAUCCCGACUUUCUGAAAUUGCAGCCCUUUGGAGUUGUUCCUGUCAUCCAAGAUGGAGACUACACCUUAUACGAAUCGCGUGCUAUAAUGAGGUAUUAUGCAGACAAAUACAGAUCUCAAGGGGUUGAGUUGUUGGGGAGGACAGCAGAAGAGAGAGGUGUUGUGGAACAGUGGCUUGAAGUUGAAGCACAUAACUUUCAUCCACCAGCGUAUGAUUUGUGUGUGCAUGUUCUGUUUGGUCCAUUACUUGGCAUCACUCCAGAUCCAAAGGUGGCUGAAGAGAGUGAAGCAAAGCUGGUGAAGGUGUUGGAUAUUUAUGAGCAGAGACUGUCACAGAGCAAGUAUCUGGGUGGUGAUUUCUUCAGUGUUGCUGAUGUAAGUCACCUUCCAUUCACAGAUUAUAUUGUGAACAAGAUGAAGAAAGGGUAUUUGAUCAAAGAGAGAAAGCAUGUGAGUGGUUGGUGGGAUGAUAUAAGUAGCAGACCAUCGUGGAAGAAGGUUAUCGAACUCUACCAACCUCCCAUCUAGUUCUUCAAUGGAGUUUCAUAGACUCUGCAUUUAGUGUCUUCAUCUUUUAACAUGCUUCUCAUCAAUAAAUGUACUUUUGCAUAACUAUGAAUCAAGUCUGCAAUGUAUACCCAAAAGUCUUACUUGACAAUAAGUGUUGUCUGAAAUUCAAUAAGGAAAAUGAUUUUCUUAA